UUCCUGAGGUAUUUCACAUAUUUGACUUUUUAUAUUUUAUGUAUCGUACAGAAUAAUAGAGCGCAGGCUAAAGUGCAGUUCGGCCCCAGCGAGUCUCUCAGCGCGGCGUGUCUCACAGCGCAGGGGGCAGCCGGAGCGCCGCAGACUCGGGCGGCUACAUGAGUAUAUUGGGAAUAAAAUGCUCCUGCCAGCUGACGCUGGACCCCAACACUGCAAACAGAGAAGUGUCUCUGUCAGGGGGGGACAGGAAGGUGACAGGGGGGGCAGAGCAGCCAUAUCCUGAUCAUCCAGAGAGAUUUGACAGCUGGAGCCAAGUUCUGUGCAGAGAGAGUCUGACUGGUCGCUGUUACUGGGAGGCUGAGUGGGAUGGAGAUGCAGCCUGGAUAGCAGUGACUUAUAAAGGGAUCGAGAGGAAAGGAGGGAGUGACUGUGGGCUUGGAGCCAAUAACAAGUCAUGGAUGCUGUGCUGCUCUCCUCACAGACACUCUGUCCGGCGCAAUAAUAAACAGACUCUCAUACCCAUACAGCCCUCAGGCUCCCACAGAGUAGGAGUGUAUCUGGACUGGGGGGCUGGUGCUCUGUCCUUCUACAGAGUCUCCUCUGAUGGACUGACCCCCCUGCACAGAUUCACCUCCUCAUUCACUGAGUCCCUCUAUCCAGGGUUUGGGGUUUAUCCAAACUCCCCCGUGUCGCUGUGCAUGCUGGGAUAGCUCACUGUGUGCUGGAGGAAUCAUUUUUACCGUAUCAGAGUCUCACAUGUCGCUGCUUCUCCACGGCAAAAAGGUAAAAUCUCUGCUUUAUAACCAGUAUAACCCUUUUUACUCUGUCUGAAGUGUGACGUAUGUUAAUAAUUGGGUUCUGUAAGCUGAACAAACAUGUAGAAUGACUGUUUUUCUCUGACUUAUGUUCUAUGUUGUCUGUAAAUGCACCAAAACUGCCUAAACAAAUUCAUAGUACAUGCAGUUGUACCAAUGGAGUGAAUUCUGAUUCUGAAUAAAAUAAAAUGUAAUGAAAUCUAAGCCUGAUGAGUGGGGGGAGCUUUUCCCCUCCCCUCUAUAUGUAUAUUUUAUAUUUCGGUCUAUAUAUUGUAUUUGCUACCUGUACACUGACAAUAAAGGCUUCCUAUUCUAUCCCAUUAAUGUCCCGGUUCCGCGCUGCCCAGAACGUAACUGAGUAACAGACUUAAUCCGCGCUCUCUGCUCACUGAGCGCAGCAGCCUGAUAUCGCAGCGGCGACGCUUUGGCCAGCAGGGGGCGGCAGACGGCAGACAGUUUAUUAACUCAAAACCUACAGCGGUCCUGAGGUAACUUAGUAAAGAUAAUAACAUAAUCAAAUUAAUCAUAUAUUAACUAAGUAAACAUAAAUAACAUAAAAUCUUAAUAAGUCACGUUAGUACAACAACAACAGAAAGGCACCUGAUCAUCAAUGAAGUAGUGUAGGUGAUUACCAAUUACCAGAAAAAAAUCACAUAAAUCCUGUUUCAUUAGGAAUCCUGAGAUAUAUACAGUACUGUGCAAAAGUCUUAGGGAGUCAUAGGAAAUGUUUAAAGCUAU